CGAAAUGCAGUAAGAGAUAUACAUUCUACUUGGUUAAAUAGAACAGUUCCUUAUGAAAUAGAUAACACUUAUGAUCAUGUCCAAAGAAUGGAAAUGAAACUUGCCAUGGAUGAAUUUCAAAAUAAAACCUGUGUCAGAUUUGUUCCGAGAACAGAUGAACCAGAUUACAUUAGAAUACGAUCAGAUACUGGAUGUUUCAGUCCAGUUGGUAGGCGUGGUGGUCAACAGUUAGUGUCUAUAGGACCAGGUUGUGAUAGCAAGGGUACAAUCAUGCACGAGUUGAUGCAUACUCUCGGUUUUUGGCAUGAACACAGUCGACCAGAUAGAGAUACAUAUAUAACUAUAAUAUGGGACAACAUUCCACAAAUUCACGAAACGAAUUUUAGAAAGUAUACAGUAGAAGAUAUAGAUACGUUAGGCGCAGCAUAUGAUUAUGGUUCUAUUAUGCAUUAUAAAAAUAAUACAUUCGCCACAGACAGGUCAAAACCAACUAUCAAAAAUAAAUACCCUCUAUCUGAAGGUGUUGAGAUGGGACAGAGAAUCAGACUAUCUGAAAUAGAUAUAGAUAAGGUGAAGCGACUGUACCGGUGCAGUAAGUAG